AUGGGGCUUACGAAACUGUACGAGCGGGUGACUGAUCCAACGUUGCAACAAGCCUUCGCUGGAUUGUUUCCUCGUGAUAACCCUCAGAACACACGAUUUGCAAUCAAUUUCUUCACUCUCACUGGUCUUGGUGGUCUCACACUUGAUCUACGGCAAUUUCUAGAGAAGGGCAUGAAGAAAAAGAAGGAAGAGUCCAUUGAUGAAUCGGCAUCGUCGUCAUCAUCUUCGUCGUCUUCAUCAGAUGAUUCCAGCGACAGUGGAAGCGACAGUGACGAUGACGAUGAUUCAGAUUCAUCAUCUUCGUCGUCUUCUUCAUCGUCUUCGUCUGACUCAGAUAAAGCAAAAAAGCGGGAAGCGCUCAAGGACAAAGCUAAACGGCGUCUUAAGGAAUCAAAGGAGCACAAAGAAGUGAAAUCAAAAGGCGUUCAAAAAACCCAUUCACAUAAAUCCACUCGAGGUUCUCUCACUGUUUCAUGA